CCCUCUGCAGCCUCUCCAGCAGUAUGCCCGACGUUCAAACGGAAGCAGGCGCUACCAUUUUGAAACACAGCACCGCUUAGCGCCAUGGACAAGAGCCACACGGUGAAGCUCUUCGUGGGCAACCUCGCUCUGGACACCACUCAGGAGGAGCUGUCGGCCAUCUUCGAGCCCUACGGCCAGGUGGUCAGCUGCAGCGUGCUGCGGCAGUUCGCCUUCGUGCACCUGCAGGGCGAGGGCGCCGCCGAGCGCGCCAUCCGGGAGCUCAAUGGCCGGGAGUUCCGCGGUCGGAAUCUGGUGGUGGAGGAGUCCAGGGGGAGGCCGCUGCACUCCACCAAGGUGUUCGUGGGCAACCUGAGCGGCAUGUGCACCACAGAGGAUCUCCAGCAGCUGUUCCAGACGUUUGGGAAGGUUCUGGAAUGUGACAAAGUGAAAGGCUAUGCCUUUGUUCACAUGGAAAACAAGGAGGACGCUCUUCAAGCCAUCGAGGCCCUCCACGGCACGUCCUUCAAGGGCCGCCCGCUGUCCGUGGAGCUGUCCAAGGUGCAGCCCAGCAAGCAGACGCCCACGGGGAAAAUCCCCUGCGUCAACUGCGGGAAGCAGGGCCACUACGCCGGGGAGUGCCCCGUGGGGAAGCCGUCUCUGGAGCAGUACCAGAGCCAGGCGGCCGUCCUGGCCGCGGCGGCCGCGGCCGCGGCCGGCCUGCCCCUGCAGGUCCAGCAGAGCGUGCACAAUUCAGUCUACAACACGUCGACGUUCGACCCGACGUACGCGGCCCUCACGGGCAUCACCACCGGCACGCGCACCGACGGGAACCCGGUCAAUCCCGCCGUGUACGGCGCCCUCGCCAGCCAGGUGUACGGCGCCAACGUCGCCAAUCAGCUUUACGGAACGGUGGCCAAUCAGGCAGCUCUCACCACAGGCGCCACGCAGGUAUACAGUUCGAUGACGGCGAAUAUCUACGGGCAGGUGGCCGCGUCUCCCGCGGCGGCGGCGGCAGCCGCGGCGGCCGCCUACACAACUCCCGUUUACACCCCAGCUGUGGCUAACCCGCCCGUCUACCUGGCGGCUCCGGGAUUGGAAAUGCCAGCGGCGGCGGCGGCCGUCAACCCCGCCUACACUGUCGCCCCGGCAAUCUACGGCAGCGCCACACCAGCCUACGCUCAUAUAAGUGCCAUGGGAGCGUCCGACCCCGCCACGGCCAUUUUCGAGGCUGCCAGGCAGGCACAUUACUUCGCCCAGGGCCAGCAGGUGGUGGCCGAGCAGCAGACGACGACGGCGGUCGCCGUGGCCAAGUCGGGCGAGAGGGACCGCAGCCCGCUCCGGCGCACGGCGCCGCUGCUACCGGACCCCGUGCUGAAGCCAUUCAUGUACCAGAGGGCCAAGCCACGCCGGCCCCUGCUCCCCACGCCGGCCGGCCGGGCAGCCGAAGAGGCAGCGGAGGCCGCGGAGGACCCCAUGGCCAGGUACUAUGCCGAGUACUACCAGCAGCUGCAGCAGUACCCUCAGUUCCAGUAUGCCUACCCGCCGCCGCCCGGCACAGUGACGGCCAUCCCCGGCAUGCCGGGAGUGCAGGCCGUGUCCGCGAUGUCCGCCCAGCCCGUCGCCACGCUGGACGCCCUCAGGCCAGUGGUCCCCGCCGCCGCGGCAGUGGCAGCCGCCAUGGCCGCGCCCAGGGUGUAUGAGCCGCCGUUGCCGCCGCCCACGCGCAAGGAGGCCAUCCUCCGCCGCCCCGAACUCUCCCUUCACACGCCUGAGCCCCCCUUCCGAUAGUCGCACACAACUCUCUGCCCCCACCCCCCACCCCAACCCGCCUCCCGCCCUCCUACCCCCCCCCGCUCCUUCGCCCCGACUCCCGCCUCUCAUCGCCUCCUUUCACCCCCCCCAAACUCGACCACCUUACAGCAGCUGUUUGUAUGUGUGUGUGUGUAAGAGAGAGUGUGUGUAUGUAUGCUGGGGCUCCAAAGCGUGCGGCCUGGGCUUUGAAACUGGGGGGGCUCCUGGGUUUGAUUAACCUGCUUCACGGGGGCCGUGGCGGGCGACCCUUGGUCCGGUUUGCACACACACAGUGCAGCCCCGGAGGGGAGGCUCUCAUCCCUCGUAACGGGCAUUCCGUUUCCGCUCUCGCUUCUUUUGAUCGUGCCAGUCUCACACUUGUGCCAGUAUUAGACCGGCCCCGGUCCGGUCGUUUUCACAUGCCUUUAUUUCUGACCCAGUUAUGAUUUUCUGAGGCCAAACCUUUGAUAGAACCACAUCAGCCAUCCUCCGUAGGCCUAGAGAAUCAGCCAGGGCAGCUAAUUUGAAACCUUUUUUGCCUUAUGUUGAAAACUUUCAAUCUGUAUGUUAACCAGAUGGGAAGCCGGGAAUGGCACGUGUUGUGUGCCGGCUGCAUUGCAUUGUGUCCAACAGAACCAAGGUCGAUGUGUUUGUUUCUUUUCUUUUUUUUUUUUCUGGGGUGGGGUGGGCGGUGGUGAAUGUGACAUGCGAGCGAGUGAGGUGUGCAGGCUCUUCGACCUCGCAGCGCACAAAGCAGCAGCUGAGACUGCAAAGGAAACAAAAAAAAAAAACGACAAAAAACAAAACAUAAAGCACACAUAUAUGUACUGUAAUGUAUGUUCAGAUCUCCUUUUAAUUCCGACCCCUCCCCCUCCUCCCGAACCCCACCUUCAUUUUGAUCCACAACCCUGAAAGACACUGCUUCACCUCUCUUCCUCUUUCUAACUACAGCUGCCUACCUCUUACUACAGACUUCGUUGUAGAGUCUCUUAUGCUCCCAACUCGUUUUCACUCUUUUCAAGCGGUCGGCGGGUCCUGCGCCUCGGAAACCGGCGGGUUAGCGAGGGAGGAGCCACAUUUCAGUGACACUAGCUGCGUUUACUCGGCCUCUCUUCGGCCAAUGUGAUGGAAUUCUUUCCCCAUCGAGGGAUCUGAUUGUUCUGUUUGCACGUGUGCGCCAGAAAUAUCAGCUGAUUCGGUCAGCGGGCCAAUCCCACAAUGCUUUGCACUGUGAUGUCGGCCAUUUUUAAGGCCCUCACUCAGCAUUGAAGUUUUUUUUUUGUUUUUUUUUUUUUUUUAGCUUGUGAACUUUCCACAAUUUAAUACGUUUAAGAGCGGCGAUGCUUUCUGAAUCGACCGUGCACAAAGCGUCACGUGGCGAUGCUACAUAACGGACGCGCACAACGCGAACACAGUAAGUCGUCCGAUGGACCGAUAGCACUACUUCCUCCAGUCCGACUGUCAUUUCAAUCAUCUAAUCAGAUUCCUAAUCGGAUUACUUGCUGUCCAUGUAAACGCAGCUGCUGACUUCUUGUAGAUAUCCUGUACUCAUAUUCAGAGGCCUUUAAAAAAAUAAUAUUAGUGUACAUGUUUUGUUUGUUUUUACUGUAGUUUACAUGUAAUGUGAGUCAGCCUGGGAUGUAAUGAGCUGUAAACGGAUAAAAAAAAACCCCACGUGUGACUACUGAAUGAACUGUUUACAACGGAUCUUUUAAAUGUUGAAAGUGACGAGAUGUGACAAGCUCAAUCAUGUGCCUAUAAGCCUUGAGCGAAGUGCAUUAAGUGGAGGGAUCUCCCAUUUUUUAAGUGCUUUUAUUUUUUCUUUACAUUACUUUUUAAUCAUUUGAAGCUGAGGGGAGGGGAUGGGGGUGUGACAGUGAAUUUAUUUCAUAUCGUAGUUUUUUUUUUUUUUUUUCAAGAUGACUAAAGAGCCACAAAGUGAGCCUGACGUGCUCGUCGUGAACUUAAGCGGAAGCGACAGUGAUAGCACCAAUGGAGGGAGAGAUGGGGCAGUGUCUUCCAGUCGCUCCGGAUGUCCUCCUUUCCUGCCCUCCAAUACCAGACCUGCUUUAGAUUGUAAUUGCAAAAAAAAAAAAAAAAAAAAAAACCCAGACGUGUGUGUGCGUGUUUUGACGCAGCUGUUGGAUCUUGUAGGCGGGGUUCGCUGCGUCUGGAUCGUAGCGACGGCUUCACAAAACCCUGGACUUACGAGUGCAGGUAUAUUUCAUGGCCGUUACGCUCCCCCCACUUCCUCCCCUCGCCCUCCCCUCCCUCGAGGGGCAAAUUCCACCUGUCCACUUCUGAAAUUGCCUAAAACAAACACGUACGUGGAUAUUUUUUCUUUUUUUUUUUUUUUUUUUUGCAACUUCUAUUUGACAGCGGUCUGAUGCACACACACGCACACAGACGGACCCUCUGAAAUCACCGUGCUCCCCCCAUCAUCCCUCCCCCCCCCCCUCCCCCUCCCCUGUGGUUUUUAGUGGUUCAGUGACUUUUUGCAUCUCACGGUGUAUUCUCUCUGUGUCGUAUAUACAAACACAUACCAGUUGCAUCCUUUGUAGAACUAUGUGGUUUGCGAAUUGUCUUGUUUGCCAUGUUUGAGAUCGUAUUUUCUAGAAAAAAGUAUUUUAAUUUUUGCCUUUUUUUUUUAUACAUACAAAAGACAAAAGACGAUUUAAAAAAAAAAACCCAACGAGCAUGCUUUUUAUUGAGAUUAUGUAUACUAUACAUCUUAUUAUAAUAAAGAAUGUGUGGCUGACUACUGUGGUAAACGAAAGCCAAGGGUUUGGACGUUUCCCCUUCUUCCUGUUUAUGUUGUUCUGUUUCUCCUGUGUAAAAUGACCACCAGACCCAUUUGACUGGGGACCCGGGGGCAGACAGGUGUAGAUGCUGGCCCGGCUUUGCUCUCUUUUGGUCAGGGUAAGUUCGGGUUGGUGCUCCUUUCUCUCUCCAGCCUCUCCCAAGUCGGUGCAAACCAAAACGGCCUCCAAAGGGGGGUUUGGAUUUGAGAAAGUGCUUGGGGUGACGAUUCUGGCACAAAAACAAAACGGUUUUCUUUCUGGAUUCUCAUGCAGAAAUUGCACUGCGCACUCUGUGAAAUUGCAUUGAGAGCUGGGGAGAGGCACACAGAUGGAAUGGCCGCGGUGCAUUUUGAUCUGUGGAGCAGUCCUGUUCCUGGGGUUGAUGGGUGUGCGUCUGGUCUGGUCUGGUCUGGUCUCUCCCUGCUGCACCGAAUUCUCCCUCUCCGUGUGUCUCUAUGUCCACUUUACUCUCAGACCUGCAUGUGUGACAAUCUACCUCUGCCGGCCGCCAAAAAAAAAAAGAACAAAAAAACAAAAACAAACAAAGCCCACCCCCGUCGCCAGUCCAGCUCUGAACUAACUAUCUCAACUGAAUUAGGUCACCGUGCCACCUGGAACGGCCAGCGCGCAGCCGUGCGUGAGCGUGGCGGCGCGAGCCAAGGGGACGACUUUUAGCGCCACCGCAGCGGGAACUUGUUCUCUCUCUCUUCGCCACCAAGGUAAAUGAAAAAACCAACAGCAACAAAAACCAUGAAAGCACUGACCCCCCCCCCUCCUCCUCCCACACCUGCCGCCCCCCUCCUCUGACUGUGCCUUGACCAAACACUCCUCUUCCUCCUCUUCCUCCUCCUGGCAUCACCGCCUCCCCCCCCCCUCCCCUCCCUCCCCUCCCCGUAACGCCUCCUCCGCUGCAGUGGCGGCGCCACGCCUACGGCCGCGGGCUUCUCCUCGGUGGGGGGUGGCGGGCAGGGCAGGGUGGGGUCAGGACCCUUGUGUCCGGCCUCGCACCGUCAUCCGUGGAUCCAAAGUCCCUCCAUUAACCGUCCGCUGGAUGUGAGCCGACGCGAGAAUGAGUUCUUGGAUGUGAGACUCGCAGAGGGGCUUUAAACGCCAAAAACCGACCUUCAGCGGUUCGGCAAGACGCAGAGUUUUCAAAACUGUCACCAAAGUGACGCUCGUGAAGGCCUCGGCUUCGUCAGUCGCCUUCCAAACACAACUCCGGACCUUGUUGCUACAUUCGUUGCGGCCGUUUGCAGGCUGACGUGACAUUCCUGCCCGGAUUGUGAAGACUUGCGAGUCCUGACAGGUUUCUACACGACAUCUGAACGCUGCAAAAUAUACACCACGUUCUGCAUGAUCAAUAUUUAGACCAUUGUUUAUGCAAAAAAUCUGAAUUAAGCAGUUAUCUUGAAGAGCCAAUGACAAUUAAUUGGUUUUCAGAUUGCUGCAUCUAAGUUCUGUGAUUAAAAGUUGAAAAUCCUUACACGUUAACCUGAUAAUUCCUGUAAUGUGGCAUAUGUUUUAUCAAUGAAUAUAGUUCAGCGAAGCAGAAACUGAAUUUGAAGUUUCUCGUCAUUACGCUUCUCACUGAUUACCCGACUGAGCCAAGUCAUUUCAUCUUUACUCGUAGCGUGACUUCAAAAGUUAGUUGAGUCUAGUCAACAGUUUGGAAGAGUAUCAGUUCAAGUAAAGAAAAAAGUAGUACUGAGCACUGAGAAGAAAAAUCCCAACUGCCUUCUCAGGCCCCGUUUACACCACAACGUUUCCAAAACUCUGGUCGGGUCUCAGGUGUCCAUUUGGAACUACUAUCUAGUGAUUAUCCAUUUUCAGAAACGCUCUGACUCCGUCGUCAUGGAUACGGGUGAAAGGGCAACUUUCUGUAAAGGCUGCUGCGACGCAUGCAAACCACGGCUGUAGUGAACAGCUCUUCUGCACAUCUGCAGACAGAUGGAGAAUUAAAACCACGUUUUUCCCUCCAGAGUGUCGGGACUCCCAGGAGAGAUUCUCCUGGACUUGGUAGUUUUAGAGUUGACAGUAAUAGCAAUCCAGCUCAGUCAUCUGUCCAUAAUGUAUAUUCUUGUUCUCAGCUGCAUGUCAUUGUGUUUUCAUUACAAAAAUGGACAACAACGCCCACUGGCGGCCCUACGAGAAAACACAGUUGUGGUGUAAAUGUGAAAUUUUCUGAAUGAAAACGCAAAAACCAACGCAUUUCCACUAGAAACUGUGUAAAUGCCCCUUGUGCAGAGGGAGCAGAGCUCGCCAAGUGUAUAGGGACCAAAACCCGACAGUUUCUCUGAUCUGAACCUACGCUGUAAAGUCCCUCCGGUCUGUAGACACCACACUGUGUGUGCGCACCUCUUUGGGCGGUACGUCAUUCAUCACCGAGGCAUCGUACCCGCGGACACGGAUCCCCACUCCGCCCCUGCCCGCCAGUCAACUCCUCUCCACCGCCGUAUUCGCCUCCCCUCCUCCCCCCUCUUUACCCUCCCUUCUCCCCCUUCCUCCAUCCCUCCCCGCCCCCCUCGACCUCCUCGACCUCGCCCGACCGUCCCUAUGCGCCGCUCCUCUCCGCCGUUCACACACCACACAGCGCUUUUUUUAAUUUAUUUACUUCCCGCCGCCACCGCCGCCGCUCCCUUGGAUCUGGGUUUGUGGCUCCGCCUCCUCGGAACUCAACCUCCCAGAACCCGCCCGCCUGACCCGAGCCUCCCCCCCCCUCCCGUCCUCCUUGUGUCGCCGUAGAGGCCUGGGUGUGUGGCGGCCCGCCUGCCGCCGGACUCGGCACCCCGACACGGAGAGACUCCGGUGUUGGACGAGCCGCUUUGCUAAACCCGUGGAAUGCUGGGGUUUUUUUGCGCCGCUGAGCUGUGGAAGACACUCUCAAAUUCUGUCUCCCAAACGGAGCACUGCAUCCGGGUCCCGCACAGCCUGCGUGCCAAUCAGAAACAUCCUAUAAGAAGGGCCUCGGAGCGAGGCGGGGCCGGUCUGACCUGCAGAUUCUCAUCAAUCUCAGGGCUCCUAUAGGACUUUUCUGGUGCGGCGGCUCGUCUUCCUCUAACGCUGCCAUCGGCCGGACAUGUGCUCGUACUGUGUGUGUGUGUCUUCUGACCUGUAGAGAUUGUCCCUGUGCCGAGAUAGAGAGCUCGGUCGGAACCAAGGCCAAGAUGGCGUUGCCUUCUGUCGGUCUAACAAAGACAGGAAAAAGGAUAAAUGAGUUGGUUUUCAGGUGAGUUGCUAGUUGAAGGACGCUUUGUCCAAAGUCGCUCCUUCACCGCCUUUUUUCCUGAUCUUGGAGGACACUAGUGAAGAAGACUCUGGUUUCUUGUUCGUGUCGUGUUUUUGUCACGCCAUGUCUCAUAAUCUGGUUUGGACUGGAGCCUUUUGCUUCAUUUUGCUGUUGGGAAAUUAAGCGCAGCCACAGACUGCUUUUAUUCCAGUUCCAGCAGCUGCAGAAUGAGUUAAAAAAAAAAAAAAAAAAAAAAUUCACUGAUGCUGUCGGCCUCCAU